UCUGUGUCGAACUAUGUCUAAGAACCUUUCCCCCAUAGAGGCUGAUGCUUCCCAUUUGUGUCUUGAGUUCCGAUCCAGAUGCAGGAUGAUUAUGUUCCAAGAUCCUGAGUUCUCACUACCCUUUAAUCCAGAUAUACCUCUUACCCCAAUCUCUGGCCUAACUCGGGGUUUCAGGACCUUUAGCACAUUAACCGGGGAUACACCAAGACGCUGCCUAGAUCUAUCCAAUCUCAGCAAUGGUGAAGAGGAAACUGCCUUCAACUUCAACCAGUCCCCAGGUCAGAAGGGUUCAAUGGGACUCCAGAAUAAGCUACAUUCAGGGAGGCAGUGUUCACAAUUGCUGCAGUCCCAGGUACUGUGCAGCACACCAGACACUCCAAGCUGCUUCCAGCACAUUAGCAGGGUGAUCAGCAGUCCUUCCAUGAACAAAGAGAAUGAGGGUAGCCCUUUUAAGCACCCAGGGUGGAGCAUGCCCAAAUCCCUGCUGUUCUGGAAAAAACCACCAGAUGCACAGCUGACCUAUGCUACUACGCUGGAAGCAGGUGAUCUAGAGGAGUAUGAGAUGGAAGAUCUUGGCAGCCCAAUUUCUGCAGUGACACCACCAGGAAUGCCAGAGUCCUUGAGUGGCUUUCCAGAACUCUGCCCUGAACAGGAAGAGACUGAGGUCUCUAUGAACAAGACUCGACUCUUCCGAUCCCCAUCACUGCCAGAGAAACUGAACAGACCCGUACUGAAGAAGGCAGCAAAGAGCCAAGAUGAAGACGAAGCGCCCAUCAAGGUGAAACAGAAGCACAUCCCAACCCAAGAGGAGCCGGAUGAGGUAAUGCAUUUGAAGAAGGCAGCCUCCCUUUCUGAAAUGGAGAUUGUCAGAGCACUGGAUCAAGACCACAGCUUCAGGCAGCUGAUUGGAGAUUUCUCCUGUGUGUAUUCACUGCCAACAGUAGCAGGAAGGCAUCAGGACCUGAAAUACAUCACUUCAGAUACCAUGGCUGCUCUGCUCCAAGGCCAGUUCCAAAGCCUUAUAGAGAAGUUCUACAUUAUUGACUGUCGCUACCCCUAUGAAUAUGACGGGGGACAUAUCAAGGGGGCUCUGAAUAUCCCCGGGGCAGAUGAUCUGUUUGAAUCCUUCCUGAGAAAGCCUCUACUCUCGCCAACGCCUCAGAAGCGCCUCAUCCUUGUUUUCCACUGUGAAUAUUCCUCAGAGAGGGGCCCAAAGAUGUGUCGCUAUCUGAGGGAAGAAGACAGAGCCAUGAAUGAGUAUCCUGCGCUGCACUAUCCUGAACUGUAUGUCCUUCAGGGUGGCUAUAAGGACUUCUUCAUCGAAUACAAGGAGCUGUGUGAGCCCCAGAGCUACUGCCCCAUGUGCCACCAGGACUUCAAGGCAGAGAUGCUCACGUUCCGCACCAGAAGCAAGACAUGGGCAGGAGACCGGAGGUGGAGAGGCCAAGUUGCGCGUCUCAUGAAGCCGUGAGGACAAAGGCAGUCUUGGAGAAGGGAUUCUGCUCUAAGAGGACUCUUCCCUGACAAAGGGAUAACCUGAGGUCUCUAUAAUUGACAGCGCCACACAGAGGCUCAGAAAGUGAGGAAGCCAGCACUUAGGAGUGCGUGUCAGUUGUUGCAAUAAGGAGAGCUCAGAAAU